UGCGGAGCCAGGAUGGCGAAGGAGAUGCGGGCGCAGUACGAGCCGGUGGCGGAGAUCGGCGUCGGCGCCUACGGCACCGUCUACAAGGCCCGGGACUUGCAGAGCGGCAAGUUCGUGGCCCUCAAGAAUGUGCGCGUCCAGACCAACGAGAACGGGCUGCCGCUCUCCACCGUGCGUGAGGUGGCGCUGCUCAAGCGGUUGGAGCAUUUCGACCACCCCAACAUCGUCCGGCUGAUGGAUGUCUGUGCCACCACCCGGACGGAGCGCGAGACCAAGGUGACCCUGGUGUUCGAGCACGUGGAUCAGGACCUGAAGACGUAUCUGGACAAGGCGCCGGCCCCUGGCUUGCCAGUGGAGAAGAUAAAGGACCUGAUGCGCCAGUUCCUGAGCGGCCUGGACUUCCUGCACUCAAAUUGCAUCGUGCACCGCGACCUGAAGCCGGAGAACAUCCUGGUGACCAGCAGUGGGCAAGUGAAGCUGGCGGACUUCGGCCUGGCCCGGAUCUACAGCUGCCAGAUGGCCCUGACCCCUGUGGUGGUUACUUUGUGGUACCGCGCCCCGGAAGUGCUGCUCCAGUCGACCUACGCCACCCCCGUGGACAUGUGGAGCGUCGGCUGCAUCUUUGCCGAGAUGUUCCGGCGAAAGCCCCUCUUCUGUGGCAACUCGGAAGCCGACCAGCUGGGCAAGAUUUUUGACAUGAUCGGGCUCCCGGCAGAGGACGACUGGCCCCUGGACGUGGCCCUGCCGCACUGCGCCUUCACGGCACGCUCCCCACAGCCCGUGGAGAUGUUUGUACCAGAGAUGGAGAAGCUGGGGGCGCAGCUUCUCUUGGAGAUGCUGACCUUUAAACCCUACCAGCGGAUCUCGGCCUUCAACGCACUGCGUCACCUUUACCUCCAGGACAAGAGCCUGGUGGAGGGGUAA